UCCUUGUUUAUGUCAAGUCGUCAGGCCACGUCACUGUAGCGAAUGCCAGCUCUUCAUAGUGAUUUGAGUGCUGGUAAAUUCAUAGAAAAGGAAAAAUGAAUGUUUUUCGAUUAGCGGGAGAUUUGUCCCACCUUCUCGCCAUCAUAAUUUUAGUGCUUAAAAUAUGGAAGACGAGAUCAUGUGCAGGUAUAUCGGGAAGGAGCCAAAUUCUUUUUGGCUUGGUUUAUACCACUCGCUAUUUGGAUCUAUUCAGCAAUUUCAUCUCUAUUUAUAACUCAGUAAUGAAAGUAUUUUUCAUUGGAACAUCUCUUGCUACUUUGUAUUUGAUCUAUGUGAAAUUCAAGGCCACCUACGAUCGCAACCACGACACCUUUCGCAUUGAAUUCCUUGUCAUCCCUGUUGUUGUUUUGGCUCUACUUGUAAAUCAUGACUUCAGCCCACUUGAAAUUCUUUGGACUUUCUCAAUAUACUUAGAAUCAGUUGCGAUUUUGCCACAGCUGUUCAUGGUAUCAAAGACAGGUGAAGCUGAAACAAUCACUUCCCAUUACUUGUUUUGCUUGGGUUCCUACAGAGCCCUCUAUAUUUUGAAUUGGGUAUAUCGCUAUUAUUCUGAAAAUUUCUAUGAUUUGAUUGCCAUCAUCGCUGGUAUUGUACAGACUGUUCUCUAUUGUGACUUCUUUUAUUUAUAUAUUACCAAAGUCAUUAAAGGCAAAGCCUUGAAGCUGCCGGCAUAAAACUGAAAUUUACGUUUGCAUCAGUAACUUGUGCACAUCUCAUCAGAAGUUGAGAAGAUGGCGUUUUUUGAGAGCGGACCUUCUUUAUAUUCAUCUAUAUUUUAUUCAGGUUUGAAAUAAGAAAGAAACCAUUUUCAUAUAACAUUGGUUUGGUGUGCUCCAGUGUUAAUUGUACGUCAAAACUUGGCUCAUUCCUUGGGGUGCUGGUUCAAGCCCAGGAUUUAAAGAAUGAAUAUUUCCUUUCAGUCGUAACAUUUUGCUUUAA